AUUAAAUAUGCCUCAUUAAUUCAAAAUUCGGUUUAUUAUUUUUAAAUAUUUUAUUUUAUUGCUCUUUUUUUAAUUCGUUCUGUUUACGAAGAAUGAGAUGAAUAAGAAACAAGUUGACCUCAACGGAUCAUGCCUGGAAAUGGCGUUGGAAGGGGAACGGCUUUGCAGAAUCGGUGAAUGCGAGUUAGGGAUUCAAUAUUUGGAAGCAGCUGUGAAUGUAGGAACCAAUGAUUUAAAAACACUCAGUGCUAUAUACAGCCAACUCGGCAACGCAUAUUUCGUACUGCAAGAUUAUGCUAAAUCAUUAGAAUAUCAUACUCAUGAUUUGAAUUUAGCCAGAUCAACUGGAGACAGACAAGAAGAGGCAAAAGCUAGUGGUAAUAUAGGUAACACUUUAAAAGUUUUGGAGAAAUAUGAAGAAGCGUUUGCUUGUUGUCAGAGACAUCUCGAUAUAUCACGAGAAUUAAAUGAUAAGGCAAAUGAAGCAAAAGCCCUGUAUAACCUUGGUAAUGUUUUUCACACAAAAGGCAAACAACUUGGCAAGGCAAGCAGACGAGAUCCUGGGGAAUACCCAACUGAAAGUAGAGAAGCACUUGAGACGGCCAUUCGAUAUUAUGAGGCUAACUUAGCACUCAUCAGGGAAAUGAAUGAUAAGGCCUCAAUGGGUCGAACGUUUGGCAACCUUGGAAACACUCAUUAUUUACUAGGAAGUUUUCGCAGAGCUAUCAGCUAUCAUGAAGAGAGACUGACUGUGGCCCAAGAAUUUGGAGACAAAUCUGCUGAGAGAAGAGCAUGCAACAAUUUGGGCAAUGCUUACAUGUUUCUGGGAGAAUUCAAAACUGCUGCUGAACUAUAUAAAAAAACGUUAGAUUUGGCUUGCAUGAUGAAUGAUAGAGCAUUAGAAGCACAAGCAUGCUACAGUCUUGGCAACACAUACACCUUGCUGCACCAGUAUGAACUGGCCAUAGAGUACCACUUGAGACACCUGAGGAUUGCCCAGGAAUUGAAGGACCAGCUGGGAGAAGGCAAGGCCUGUUGGAGUCUGUCAAAUGUCUAUGCCAGUACUAAAAAUGCUGAUAUGGCCAUAUCCUAUGCUAAAAAACAUUUAGAUAUUUCAAAAGAGGUUGAGGACUCCAAUGGUUAUGCGCUUGCCCAAGUGAAUUUGUCAAAAUUGAGGGCAUUGGUGAAUACCUGGGAUGAUUCAAGCUUCAAAAGAACCAACAGCUACAGAGACAAGACAGAAACAACAAGAGAAGAGGACACUUAUUCUGUUGGCAGCAGAUCUAGAAGAAGGAGCAUGGAGAACCUAGAACUUGUCCAAUUAACUCCUGAUAAAAGCAAAUCACUGUUUCGAACACCAGACAUUUCAAUGUGGAAAAGGCAGUUCAAAUCAUCAAAAAGUAUGAAUGAGAGUAAGAAGUACAAACCAAAUAAGAAGCAGUUGUCGAUGGAUUCUGAGGAGGAGAACUUUUUUGACCUGCUAAGUCGUUUUCAGAGCCGGCGCAUUGAUGACCAACGCUGCAGUUCCAGUGUUUUGGCAGGAACACGUCUGGUGGCAUCAUCGAACAGCAAGCACUCUUUAUCAUCAGAGUAUGAAGAUGACGACAAGGAAAAUCAUCAUCUUGCAGCUGCACGUGGGACUAAUUUGAACAACAACAACAGCAGUCGACAUGUUGAUUUGGAGGAAGAGUUUCUUGACAUGAUUGCUGGCAUCCAGGGAUCACGCAUGAAUGAUCAGAGAGCUGAAUUCAGAGGCUUCCUACCUCCACCACAUCCUGGCAAACGAUUUGGAGGGAUGAGUUCUCAAUAUGCAAGAUCAUCACCCAGUCAUUCAUUGGGUGGUGGUUCAGUGGCAUCUGGUGGCACGGAAGCAACAACCUCCUCAGAUGAUCAGUUCUUUGAAAUGCUCAUGAGAUGCCAGGGAGCCAGGUUGGAUAACCAACGUACAGUUAUGCCGAGCAGCCGAACCAUACACUCAGCCCCCACUGUACCUGAUGAAGAUUUCUUGAAUCUCCUGCAAAGAUUUCAAUGCAGUCGAUUGGACGAACAACGAUCUAGACUCCCCACAAUUGAUCUUCAGAUUGUUUGUAACUCUGUAAAAAACAAUCAGUGAAUAAUGUCAUCAUUUUCGUCUCAGAGAUAUUAUACAAAUGAAUCUUCAUUGAAAUCUGUAGUUUCCAGCUGGCGGUACUUAUUUCCGAACUGUUGUUUCAAGUUUGUAUCUAGAGCAGAUCAUUUUAACAAGUAGAUCAGCUUGCUCUAAAUCAUUUGAUGGUUGAUGCGAGUAUCAUGGUAUAAUACAUCAAGUGUUUUGUCCAUUGGGAAGAUCACGUUUCACGUGAAAAUUUCAUUCAAGUUAUUUAAUGUUAGGCUGAUAAGAUUUUUUUCAUGAUAUCAAAUUAAGCUACGUGGUUAAGUGUUGUGAUUGUGUGUUUUAUUAUCUAAUCAUUUAAUGAUUUUAUUACAUCUCUUAUACUUACUUAAUUUAAAUGAUUGUCUAAAUGUGAUUAUUCAUUUCGCUGAGUCUUCAGAGGUAUCCUUAAAUGAAUUGAUAAUUAAUUUUUCUACAUACAAGAACUUCAUUUAAAAAUUUUAUAAUCUAAUUAAAAACAUGAGACUCUAUUGAGUCAAUAAAUUGUACAAAUAUGGGACGUCAACUGUUAUUUUAUUUCACCAAGUUGAAACAAUUAAACGCCGUGGAACAAAUGUUCUUAAUUUAUUCUGAUAUAUAUAAAUAUAUAUAUAUAUAUGUGUGUAUAUAUAACUAAUAUUAAAGAUACAUGGAUAUACUAAGCUAAAAAAUUAUCUGGAAUAUGAUAAGUGAAUGUAUAUAUUAAAUUUAACUAAGUAAAACUUCACGUUGAAUUAUAUUAAUUUUAUCUCAUUUUCUGUGAAUUUUAUUUUCAAUGAAACGUUAAUUAACAGCUUGUUUAGAUUUAACAUUAACAUGUUAUCUUAACAUAUACGUACACCUUUAAAAUCAUAUGUAUAUUAAGAAUAUCCAGUAUUUAUUCGCCAGAAAUGUGUUAAUGACUUGUGAAGAUUCUAAUUGCGUUUUACGUUUUAUCUUUUUAUUAUAUUCGUAAGUACUUACAUACGUAUACAUAUAUACAUACAUAUUUAAAUGUGCGUUCGUGUGUGUGCGUCUACGUAUAAGGUACCCACAAAUAUUAAUUUUUACGAUGUAUUUAGCUUAAGGAGGCAAAUUAAUUGUAUUCCGAAAAUUGUGUGCGCCAAUGACUUGUUCUCCUUUUGAUAAAUGAUUAUUUUUGUGAAGAAAACUUGUAUUAUUUAAUUUUA